GUUACUUUCUCUUUGCUUGUCAUCUUUCCUUUUCUUUUUUACGAUCUUAAACAAAAUAAUACUUUUGUCUUUAUAUUUUUUAGUUUUAUAAAUAGCAAUAGCAAUAACAAUAAUAAAGCCCAUGCUUCGCGUGCUUCAAUCAAGUGCCGUCAAGGCGGCAGCAGCCAAGCGCAUCGUUAACAGUGCAUCAUCCACACCAACCGCAAGCCGUCAGCUAUUCUCCACAAGCACGAUCAGCCGCGAGCAGGAUGGGCAAAAGGGGCAGCUCAACCGAUACAGCGCAACCAUCACGCAGCCCAAGUCGCAGGGCCCGUCGCAGGCAAUGCUGUACGGCACCGGAAUGAAGGAGAUGGACAUGAGCAAGGGCCAGGUGGGAAUCUCCAGCGUUUGGUACGAGGGCAACCCCUGCAACAUGCAUCUUCUGGAUCUCGCCGGUAAGGUCAAAGAGGGCGUGCAGGCAGCAGGACUUGUCGGCAUGCGGUUCAACACCGUCGGUGUCAGUGACGGUAUCAGUAUGGGCACCCGCGGGAUGUGCUUCUCACUGCAGUCCCGCGAUCUCAUCGCGGACUCGAUCGAGACCACGAUGAGUGGGCUGUGGUAUGAUGCAAAUAUCUCGAUCCCCGGGUGCGACAAGAAUAUGCCCGGUGUGCUGAUGGCCAUGGCACGGCUCAACCGCCCGUCGAUCAUGGUGUAUGGCGGUACCAUUCGUUCUGGAAAGGGCUGCAAGGGCCAGCGGUACGAUAUCGUGUCGACCUUUGAGUCCUAUGGCUCAUACGUGGCCGGAAAGAUCUCCGAGGAGGAGCGCUUUGACACUGUGCGCCACGCGUGUCCGGGUCCCGGUGCCUGCGGCGGCAUGUACACGGCCAACACAAUGGCCGCGGCCGCUGAGGCUAUGGGCAUGGCCCUGCCCUACUCGUCGACGUCCCCGGCGAAUUCGCAGGAGAAACUCGAUGAAUGCUUCAACUCCGGCGCUGCUAUCCGCAACCUGCUUGAGCUCAACAUUUGCCCGAAGGAUAUUAUGACGCGCGCGGCCUUUGAGAACGCCAUCACCUUGGCAAUUGCCAUGGGUGGAUCGACCAACGUUGUGCUGCAUCUGAUUGCGAUUUCCCGCGCGAUCGGCAUCAACCUGACGCUGGCUGAUUUCCAGGCUAUCUCCGAUCGCACGCCGUUCCUGGCUGACAUGAAGCCCAGCGGCAAGUACGUUAUGGAGGACCUGCAGCCAAUUGGUGGUACUCCGGCUAUUCUCAAGUACCUCAUGGAGGAGGGCCUCAUUGAUGGCUCGACCAUGACGGUUACCGGUAAGACAAUGGCCGAGAACUUGCGCGCACUUCCAAGCCUCCCCAAGGGCCAGGACAUUAUCCGCCCGGUGGACCAGCCCAUCAAGGCCACCGGCCAUCUGCAGACGCUCUUUGGUAAUGUUGCCCCCGAGGGAUCUGUGGCCAAGAUCACAGGCAAGGAGGGCUUGCACUUUACUGGCACAGCCAAGGUGUUUGACUCGGAGGACGAGAUGCUGCACGCCCUGGAGCGCGGCGAGAUUGUCAAGGGACACGUUGUCAUUAUCCGCUAUGUCGGGCCCAAGGGCGGCCCUGGUAUGCCCGAGAUGCUCACCCCGACGAGCGCCAUUAUGGGCGCUGGUCUCGGCAAGGACGUCGCUAUGCUGACCGAUGGUCGUUUCUCUGGAGGAAGCCACGGUUUCAUUAUUGGCCACAUUACUCCGGAGGCUCAGGAGGGUGGCCCCCUUGGACUGAUCGAGGAUGGCGACCACAUCACUAUUGAUGCUGAGACCCGUGUUAUUAACGUUGACCAGCCGGAGGCUGAGAUGGCUCGCCGUCGCGCCUCUUGGGUCGCACCUCCGCUGAAGGCUGAUCGUGGAACACUGUUCAAGUACAUCAAGACCGUUAAGUCUGCGUCCUACGGCUGUGUGACUGACGAGUAAGCGGUUAAGAAAUAUUGAUUAUAAUCCUAAUAAAUGAAGUUAAUUAAUUAA